AUGAUCUGGCUGAUCUUAUUCUGCCUCUGCUGCUGCUCUGUGGAGGGCCUCAAGUGCCGCGCCCAGGAGGGCUACGGCGAGGCGGAGUUAAAAAGGGUUGUCCGCAGCUGCAUGCACCGCAGUGGCAACGACAACAACAACGGAAAUGCACCGGACGACAACGAGGACAACCGAGGUUAUGGGAGGAAGGUAAAUCGAUACGACUAUGGCCAGGAACAGGACGGUAGAACUAACAAUGGCUACAGGUGGCAACGCAGCCUGAAGCAGACGGAGAACAGAAACAGCUCGGAGAGCGAGGGAGGUCAGUGUGUGGCCCAGUGUUUCUUCGAGGAGAUGAAUAUGGCCGACGGUAAUGGCCUGCCCGAUCGGCGCAAAGUCAGCUAUAUGCUGACCAAGGAUCUCCGCGAUCGGGAGCUGCGCAACUUCUUCAUGGAUACGGUGCAGCAGUGCUUCCGCUACCUGGAGAACAGUCGCAACAGGAACAAUAAGUGCUCGCAGUCCAGGGAUCUGAUCAAGUGCAUGUCGGAGUACGCAAAGGCCCAGUGCGACGACUGGGAAGAGUACGGCAGCCUGCUGUUUAAUUAGAAUGACACUUACACCGCUCUUAAGGUCCUCACACCGAUCCAGGAAUCGUUCGUGGCUGUCCUUGAUCUCCCGA